AUGAAGCGGCAGAAACCCAAGUGCAGGGUGGAGCUACCCAUAAUAAGUAAGCGGUGGGCAUCCGCCAAACCACACCUCGCGGAUUAUUCAUUGCCGACCUUUGAACCUGGUCCCGAGUCCCUUGCCAAACGCCCUUUUCGUCCUCCCCAACCCACCCGUGGAUACUCGCCCAGCAUGAUGUCCUGUGGCCGCAGACUCGCGACCUUUGCGUCGGCUCGCCCGCGCUUUGCCGUCCGCGCCUACUCCUCUACCGUGCCUCGCCUGAACGAGAACCCCAUCCAGGCCAACGACCCGACCCCGCGGAAGCCCACGCCCAAUGUCUCUGCUACCAAUGCCGAGCCUACCGACUCCUUCGGCCGUUUCGAUGGUACCCUGCAGGAGUCUCCCGAGGUCGGCGAGCGUAUCCGCAGCAUGCAGGCCCCCAACCGCGCUACCACCUGGGCUUCCAACCAGCAGCCGCGCGAGCAGGCCAUGGUCGGUCCUCGCUUUGAGCAGACCAUCAUGGAGACCCAGCCGCAACCUUAUGCCGCUAUCGACCUCAUUCACAGACAGCACGUCCGCUGGACCAAGUCCAAGGUUGUCAGCUGUGACGGUGGUGGUGGCCCUCUCGGUCACCCCAAGGUCUUCAUCAACACCGACAAGCCCGAGAUUGCCACCUGUGGAUACUGCGGUGUUCCCUUCGCCCACGAGCACCACCGCGCUUACCUGAAGUCUCUGCCCGCCACCAGCUACCCUCUCGAGCCCACCGGUGACGCCGCCGAGGUCAACGAGGCCCAGCGCGUGACAGAAGGUGGUCUGGAGCAGCGAUAA